CGAAACUAGGAUAAAUCGAAGAUGGUUUUCAGAAAAUACUAAUUUAAAACCAAUUCAAGGAUUUCUAAUAGCAACUAGAAGAUAACCUAGGAAAGAAUCAACUUACUCAAAAAUACAUACUAUGCCGGAGCUUCUUAGCAAGAGAUACAGAGACCAGCUGGUCACAUGGAUCGGUAGACCUUGUCACUUUCAAUUGUUGUACAAAAUCAGCAGGGACGGAUGUUCGGCCCCGACGUUUCACCAGAAGUGUGACGGUCAGGGCGCCACGGUAACAGUCCUGUACAAUACAAACAACACUAUAUAUGGCGGCUACCUGUCACAGAGCUGGAACUCUAAUUACGCAUACAUAAACGAUCCGAACGCCUUCCUCUUCCGUUUGCAGUAUAAUGGAUCAUCUAAUCCAUUAAAGUUUCAAGUCAAAAAUGCAGGUUAUGCUGGAUAUGGACAAAGUGAUUAUGGUCCAACAUUUGGCGGCCAUGAUAUCUUCACGUUCAGCGGAACAGUUUCCCCUUCAGGAAAGGCGUUUUCUCUUAACGGUGGCUUUAGUCUUGGUCAAAGUUACAACCUGAACGGACAGAACGUAGACACUAUAGCAAACAACAGUCUUCAAGUCACAGAUUUGGAGGUUUACAAAGUAAUAGAUGGGCCGGGUCAGACAGUUCCUGAUCUAGACAAACCCUGGAGAGAACACGAUGGAUGGACAAAUGAAACAAUGCAAGCACUUAAGGAGUCCUUGCUUGACUACAAACCUAUGACAGAAACAAGUGUAGCUGCAGCAAACAUUCUCCUGAUUGGUCAGAUAGGCGCAGGAAAAUCCAGCUUCUUCAACUCUGUCAACUCAAUUUUCCGGGGGAAAAUUACCAGCAAGGCUUGUAGUGGGAGCUUCGAACACAGUGUGACAACGAUGUAUCGACAAUACAAAGUGAAGGAUUUUUCCAAAGGAAAGUUUCUUAACUUUCGCCUGUGCGACACUCGUGGCUUUGAGGAAGAAUUUGCACUUGAUGCUCAGGAAAUUUCAUUCAUUUUGGAUGGAAAUAUUCCUGACCGGUACCAGUUUAACCCUUUGGUUCCUUUCACACCGGAUACCUCUGGGUAUAUCAAAGACCCCAAUCUGAAAGACAAAAUUCACUGUGUGGCGUUUGUCAUAGAUGGCAGCACUGUUGAUGUUAUGUCGGACAAAGUCCAAAAACGGAUGAAAGAUCUACAGGUCAGAAUGAACCACAGAGGGUUACCUCAGGUCGUCUUCUUGACCAAACUUGACAAAAUAUGCCCGGAUGUAAAUGACGAUGUUAAAAACACGUUUACGAGUACCGCUGUCUGUGACGCCGUGGAGAAAGUAGCAGAAAUAAUGGGUCUUCCACGUGCCCACGUGCUUCCGGUGAAAAAUUACGAGAGCGAGACUAAGCUGAAGACUACAGUGGACAUUUUAUUAAUGCAAGCUCUGCAGCGAUGCCUUGACUUUGCCGAUGAUUACAUGGAUGAACAACUUGACAAAAUGGCAGCGGAAGGAAAGAACGUUCGAACCAAAGAUUAGUUUGAUUUGUUUUCCAUAUAAACAUUGUUAAUCUAGUCGAAAUCAUUUGAUUUUGCAUUGAAGUCUACCUGUUUUUAAAGAGACAUGAAAGACAUUUUACUGAUUUGGUUAUUGUUCUUAAUUUAAACGUCUAUAGCUCUGUAAUAAAACAGUAUAUUCAAUGAAUUGUCGUUAAAUGACGUCAAUGCUGCAAAAUCAUAUCAUAUAUGACAACAACAAAAUCCUUGUUUUUUUUGUUUUGUAUUGAUUAUAGCUAAAAAGUUUAGAGAUGUUAUUUGAAAUUAUUUUUAGAACAAUUUACAGAAACAAAAGGGCACAUAUAUGUGAGUUCGGGCACGGUAGAAGUUAAAUGAAUGAAUGAAUGAGUGAAUAAGGUAAUGGGUUUAUAAAUGUAGGAAUGAAUGUGUUCAUGUAUAUGCUAAACAACAAGUUAAUUUAUCAUCAUAUGACAAAAGUAAAGCUUAUUAUUUAUUAUCCAAUUAUCCUUUGUCUUGUAUACAAAUAUAUCAAUAAUAUAUCACUCUGUAAACUGGUAAAUUAUACUACACACUACAUGUGUAUA